GCUCCUGCUCCGCUAGCCUAAAGUGCUAGGUUUCAUCCAAACAACCCCAAUUCGGCGAAGUUCACGCCAUUCAACUGCUCAUUUCAUCAAUCAUCUCUCUCUCUUCCUCCUUUGCAUAUACACUCUACAUUCGAAGUUGAUCGAUCGUUUUCACUCGACCUUUGUUCUUAUCAGUAGAUCCUUCAAUGGCUGCUUAUGCUGCUACUGCCUUCACCUCUCUUGGAGUUCCGGAGAAGAUAUCCUCUUCAAUUGCCUUAUUUUCCCGUCAUAUCUCUCAUCGCCGUUUUACUUCUCUCUCUCCCGCUGGAAUGCUAUAUCCUCACCUCCGUCUUCCACUACAAAACCGAUGGUCAUCGUCUUCUACUUCUUCUGGGAUUAGAUCACAGGUUGCAGCAGUUGAGCAAGCUAGUGUUGAUGUAACUGAGAAAGUUGUUGAAUCACCUGUUGUUAUCGUGACUGGAGCUUCUAGAGGUAUCGGCAAAGCAAUUGCAUUAGCCUUGGGAAAGGCUGGAUGUAAGGUGCUGGUGAACUAUGCUAGGUCAUCAAAGGAAGCAGAAGAAGUAUCCAAAGAGAUUGAAGCAAGUGGAGGUCAAGCUAUAACUUUUGGUGGGGAUAUGUCUAAAGAAGACGAUGUAAACUCAAUGAUCAAAGCGGUAGUUGACCAAUGGGGAACAAUUGACGUGCUGAUAAAUAAUGCAGGAAUUACUAGGGAUGGAUUGUUGAUGAGGAUGAAGAAAUCUCAGUGGGAGGAAGUUAUUGAUCUAAAUCUUACUGGAGUAUUUUUGUGCACACAGGCUGCUGCCAAGAUUAUGAUGAAAAAAAAAAAGGGAAGAAUAAUCAAUAUAGCAUCUGUGGUUGGUUUGGUUGGAAAUGCUGGUCAAGCCAAUUAUAGUGCUGCAAAGGCUGGAGUGAUUGGAUUUACCAAAAGUGUCGCAAAGGAAUAUUCGAGCAGGAAUAUCAAUGUUAAUGCUGUUGCACCAGGUUUUAUUGCAUCUGAUAUGACUGCUAAGCUUGGAGAUGAUAUUGAAAAGAAAAUUUUGAGCACCAUUCCCUUAGGCCGGUAUGGACAACCAGAGGAAGUUGCAGGAGUAGUGGAAUUCUUAGCUCUUAAUCCUGCUGCAUCUUACAUUACUGGACAGGUUGUGACAAUUGAUGGAGGAAUGGUAAUGUAACAUAGUAGAAGAGAGAUCCCGAAAGCUUAAUGAGGUAUUUCUUCCUUUUUUUUUCAUUUUGUUGGAGGAGGAAGCACCUAUUAUUAUUAUAUAUUGAUCUUGUGAAAGCCCCUAGCAGCUAGAUGGAACAGUUAGUGUGUGAGUUAUCUGUGACCUCUUCCAAUCUCUUUUCCAUAAAUGCUUUUCAAUCUCAUUUUUUACUCUUAACUUGAGGGACUAAACAAAUGGAUCAUUUUAAAUGAUCAAUGUUCAUGUAGUGGGUGAAUUAAUAGAUUUUCAGCACAUUUUGA